AUGAAGAAAAUUGGAUUUGAUGAAAAACGAUGCAACAAAAUCCUACAGUGUAUCUCAACUUCCACCUCUGUUGUUCUCAUUAAUGGAUCUCCUGACAAAUUCUUUAAACCCUCCAGAUGGCUAAGACAAGGAGACCCCCUUUCUCCAUGUUUGUUUCUUUUCUGCAUGGAAGCACUCUCAAGAAAUCUUCUUCAUGCUGAGGAUCUAGGCAUCAUUACUGGUCUCAAAAUAUGCAAAGCUGCUCCCCUUAUCAGCGACCUCCUGUUUGCUGAUGACUGCAUGAUAUUCUGCAAAGCCAACCUUACUGAAGCUCAAAACAUUAUGAAGAUCCUACAAAUAUUUGGUAGCACUUCUGGGCAGUUAAUCAAUUUCAACAAGUCAAAAGUCUUCUUCAGCAAAAACACCAACCCAGACCUCAUCCCCCAAAUUAGCAGUUCCAUGGGAGUUCAAAUCCUUCAACUGGAUGAAAAAUAUCUAGGUUCACCACUCUUCACACAUAUAAGCAAAAUUAGUUCCUUCAAUCCUGGGGUGGAAAAGCUGAAGGUGAGACUCACUAGCUGGAAGAACACUCCCCUAAACCCUGCUGGAAGGGAAAUUCUCAUAAAGUCUGUCACUUCUUCUGCAUGCAUAUAUCAGAUGAACCGCUUCAAGGUACAAAAGAAAACAUGCAAAGAUAUCAACAACCUUCAAAGAGACUUUUUCUGGGGAAAAAAUAUAGAAAAUCCUACUGGAUACUACCCUAAAGCUUGGACUGCAGUGUGCAAACCCAAAGAGCCGGGGGGUCUAGCCUUUAUGAAUAUGGAACUCUUCAACAGUUCAAUGAUUAAAAAAAUUGGGUGGAGACUAGAGAAGGACCAAGAUUCCAUGUGGUACAAGCUCAUGGAUGCCAAGUAUCUACUAGGAAGGAAUGUCCUCAACAUGGAUACAAAAGCUAAAAAUGGAGAUUCAUGGAACUUCCCUCAUAAUGUGGAAAGGUUAGAGUCAAUUCUUCUUCCAGAUGGAAACUGGGAUGUAGACCAAAUCCUUACUCUUUUUAGCAAUGACAAGGCAGCAGUUAUUGUCAAUUUGCAGACACACCCUAAUGAAGAAGAUAGAGUAAUAUGGGACCUAAAUGAUAAAGAUGUUUUCUCUGUCAAAGAGCUUUACAAGGCAAAGAUUGAAGACCUCUACAGUAAUGACAUUCCUACAGGGAACUGGGCAUCUAUCUGGAAUAUGAAAGUGGCACCAGUCAUUAGAAUCUUCCUCUGGAAAUGUGGUCAAGGUAUUCUUCCUACAAAUGCUAAAACAGCUAGCAUUCUCCACUACAUCAAUCCUUCUUGCACUGUCUGCAACAAUGGUGAAGCAGAAACCAUGUCUCAUAUGUGGUUAAACUGUCCAGCUGCUAUUCUGGUUUGGAAGGAGGUUUUGGGCUCCAUUAAUUCCCAUUUUGACAGUAACACCAUCUUUAUUGAAUGGUUAACUUCAUGGUUCCAACCUGGAAUUAAUGGCACCAAUUGCAACAUUUAUGUCACAACCUGCUGGCUUUCACUGCUGAGUUUGGGAAUAACAUCAAAAUAUGCACUCUACAAGACCCUGAAACCUCUCUUUUAUACUGCUCUAAUAAUGACAGAUUUUGCAGGAAACAUUACAAGAACCAAAGGACAUCCAGGAUACAAUGGAGCAGAGGGAGCAACAGCAGGGGAAGAACUAGCUUUCCAGUGGGCCAAAGAACUGCAGCACACCAAUGUCACUAUAUCAGCUGAGGCAAUGGAGACACUAGUUCAGUUCAAACUCCUCCAUCACAAAGCAGUCACACGAAGAUUUCAUCUUAGCUAUCAUGCAAGAAGAAACUGUCAACAAGAAGAAGUAGAAAGGAGUAGUAAUAUGGGAAACUAUCCCGUAUCUUUUGUUUUUCUAAGCCUUAGUAUAAUUACCAGACAACAAAACAUGGAUGCUUUCAAUUUAGCUUUAUUUUGUAAAAACAAUGCUGGCAGGAUAAGUAGCACUUCUGCUACCAAUGUCAUCCCUAAUGUUGUGUAUGCUUCUUAG